GAGAAAUCAGUCGAUUCCAAUCAGUCCACGAGCGAACUUGCCUCCAAGUAUACUAAGAGUUAUCCACUACGAUUAUGGGAUUGAAACUUAGAUGGUUUCGAAGACGAAUUACCUUCGAAGGAAUUCCGUCAGCUCCGGAACGCACUAGCCGCAAAAAACAGCACGAUACCGGAAUCACCGUUAUCGGAGUUUAUCGACAAAGCGUCAACUACGAAGACUACGUUGAACCCUCCAGGUCAUCAUACUGGAUGCCAACAAAUCAGCCCAUUGUCACGGCCGCAAUCAGAAAACCCACCACGUCCACAGAAAUAACUUCUCCUGCUCAUUCGUCAUCACAAACAACAACAUCAUCUGCCAAACGUCGACACGAACAACCUGUUGAUAAGAUAUCACCAUCAACACGCGUCACUUCAGAGCCGCAACUCAAUGGGCGAAUUGCUACCCCUCCGGAGCCAUCGUAUUCACCGCCGCAGCCGCCCAUCAGGCGAGGCCUUACCAAGACUAAAUCUACUCCGAAUGUAUUCACGGAUGAUGGGGUCACAGCAAGUAGCCGACUGGAAAUCACUCGAUCGAUAGAAGUACUCCACGAUGAGGGACGUAAACCGGUUUUGCCUGCAAUCAGACAUAACACCUCUAGCAAGGCCGUUCCGCAUGUCUCAAGGGAGCAGUCUACGACGUUUGGGAAGGUUCGAAGCACAUCACGUUCACCGUCACCACCAGAAGAAAACAAGGUCGCCGAAGAGUACGAACGAGAUCUAAACGCUGAGGGUUUGAGUCAUCAGUUACAGUCUUUUCGACAGCCAGAAUAUUUCAAUGAAAUUUUGGUAAAAAUUAAUGAAAUGGCAAUAACAGCAAAAUCAUCAGAGCAUAACCAAGCGAGUUCAAUACAUGCUGUGUCACGAAGCCCACCCCAACCGACCAAAGACUGUUGGCCGACGGAGGAUGAUACAGAAGAGUCUUUUGACGACAUUUUCGAGAAAGUGAAAGCCCAUCCUAAAUCGCCACUGCCAGCUGUGAGAACUCUCAGCCCACAACAAUCAGAACAAGGUACAAUAUUUUCCUCAAAUAUCAGCAUACAAAAUAUGGAAGAUAUUUUCGAACCACGUCCACCAGAAAUCAGUAGAGCUGAAUCCACGAACGACAUUCAAUCCACCAUUCCUCAACCCGAGCCACGCACCGCUAGCGUCCCAGAAGCCCAAACGAAACCUCUUAAAUCCAUACUCAAAAAACGAGCACCCGUUCCUCCUGUACAGCAGCAACAACCGGAUCCUCCCAGCCCCGUUAGCGCCACCGUAGUUCCAAUACCGCCUCCACGCUCCAUUCGCAAGGAAGAACCCGUCGUAACGAAGCAAGCCCUAGAGUCCCCAGACAAGGAAGAUGACGACGAUUACCUCAGCUGGAAUAUGGUAGAGCGACACCGAUCCAGCAUCAACCAUACCGUAGCCGGCCGUGUCGAUCCGGACAUUCUGAAGAACGUCCCGAGUAGUCUACAACAAGUGACGGUACCACGCCAGAAGCCUUUCGCUAAUUCACGAGCACUACAGCAGGAGGCGCCACCCCGAACGCUACGAGGAAUGCGCAACCAGCAGCAACAGAGAUCUAGUAACGAAGAUCAAAUCCUAGGCCUUAACAUGGCACGAGAUAGUAUAUCGCGCGAUUCCGAAGCAUCCGCGUAGUUCCUAAGUGUAAUU